AUGAAUGAUACGAGGGAAAAUGGAACUUACGAAUAGGCUAUUAAUUAAGUUGAGUCAGGCAUUCUCAAAUAUCUCUGUGAUGAAUUGAAGUUGGAAUAAUUAACUGAUCCACAGUUGAAAUAAUUUAUAUACGAAAACUUGAAGAAAAAACAGAUUUUUUCUUUACGCUCAUUAGACUCUGAUAAUGAGGCAUAAGACAAUCUUUCUUGCUCCACGAGCAAUAGAUGUUCCUUCUCAUUCAUUAGAUCUCCACUCAUUCUCAAAAGAUUAAGUGUUUCCAUAACUGAAUAAAUUUGA